AUGACGAAAACCGUCGUCACCCCCACCGCCCUCACGACGGCGGUGCAGCCCUUGGGGGGGCACAUGAGAUUCGAGUUGACAGAUGAAGAGCGAGAGGAAAUCAUUGCUCUAAAGAAAGCCUGUGAGUCCGAGGGCAUCAAGUACCGUUCCAUUUUCGAACUUGCAAAGUACUGCCUUGUUGUGAGGUCCCAGGUGGACAGCAAUGAUCCCAAGGCGGCUGAAAAGCGUACAGCACUUGCUCUCAAGCGCAUGAAGAAACGACGCACUUGGGAGGCGAAUCAUGGCAUGAGCAAGAUUGACAACAUGGAGGCCAUAAAGGAAAUUGAAAAGGACGCGCCAGGUUUCUUUGUGGUUCGAUACGCCAAGGAUAUGGAAGGUCACCCAGUUGUGGGCCACCAUCACGCCUACUCGCCAUACAAGUACAUGUUUACUGGCAAGCAAAACCUUGGAAAGUACCUCGCUGCCGAACAAUACAGACUAGACUUGGGUGCUGCAGAUAUGGAAGAAGCUCGAACAGGUAUUGCUGUUGUCAGCGUCGCUGAUGAAAUGUGGGGCUUGACCGGGGCCUACAGGUAUCUGCGAGUCAUUACGAAAGCCAAGGACAAUUGCAAUGACAUGCAUCCCAAUCGAAUCCGUCGCGUCUAUUCCGAAAUCCCAGUCUUUGGCCAUCAUCUUGUGGAAACCUGCAAAGCGAUGUUGCCCAAGAAGAUUGCCGAUAGGAUUGUCAUUCACUCAUCCGUGGCUCAACUGGAGGCGAAGCUUGUCAAGGCGGUGGAAGGUGAGGAUCCCACCGACAUUGUUGCCUGGUGUGAACGAAAGGAGGCGAUCUACCAAGAGUCCGUUAGAAGGGUCGGUUUGUGA